CAAAGUGGAGAGUCCGCGAGAGCCCGCAGGAAGCGACAAGAGGAGAGAAUGGAGCGGCUGAACCCACGGCCACAGGAGGAAUAAUCACAACAACGCGAAAGAAAAUAAAAAGCACGCAAAGCGAAAGAGAGAGGGAGAGAGACAGAGGCGAAGAAACGCCGAAGACGGAGGAGGAAAACUUUUCGUGGGGAAACUGUUACAGACUCUGGCUCGGCCGCGGUUUCAAACCAUGGAUACACUUUACACUGUAUUCCUGGAAGUCCUGCUGCUCUUUUCGACACUUCGUAACGUCUGCGGCCAAAUACCGACAGCUCACAUGGGGCGCGCUGAGAAAGGAAGUUGUACAUUUGAUGAGGGCUUCUCUCAAUGCGACUACCAACAAGAUCCUUACGACGACUUCGACUGGACGCACAUAAACACCCAGGAAGUGCCGUAUGUCUCACCAGACCUGCCACAAGGUUCCUACAUGUACGUUGAUGUCUCUCAGUACGACGUUGGAGAGAAGGCCAGGUUUCAGCUGCCCGUCAUGAAGGAGAACGACACUCACUGCAUCGACUUCAACUAUCUCCUCACCAGCCCUGACGGCUCCAGCCCCGGGACCCUCAACGUCCUGGUGAAGGUAAACAAGGGUCCUUUGGCCAACCCCAUAUGGAACGUGACAUCCUACACUGGUAAAGACUGGUUGAAAGCCGAACUCGCCGUCUCCACCUUUUGGCCCAAUGAAUAUCAGGUCAUAUUUGAAGCCGAGGUUUCGGACAGCAAAGCCGGCUUCAUUGCCAUCGACGACAUUCAGGUGCUCAGCUACCCAUGCGAUAAAUCCCCUCAUUUCCUGCGCCUCGGGGACGUGGAGGUGAACGCCGGACAGAACGCCACGUUUCAGUGUAUUGCCACUGGAAGAGACACUUCCAACAACAAACUCUGGCUGCAGAGGAGAAAUGGAGAGGACAUUCCUGUGGCUCUGACCAAAAACAUCAACCACCGGCGGUUCGCUGCCUCCUUUCACCUCAAAGAAGUCACUAAUCAGGAUCAAGAUCUGUAUCGCUGUGUCACCCAAUCAGAGCGCGGCUCCGGGGUGUCAAACUUUGCAGGUCUUAUCGUCAGAGAGCCUCCGCACCCCAUUGCCCCACCCCAGCUGCUCGGCGUGGGCCCGACCUACCUGCUGAUUCAGCUCAACGCCAACUCCAUAUUUGGAGACGGACCUAUUAUACUCAAAGAGGUCGAGUACCGCAUGACAUCCGGCAGCUGGACCGAGACCCACGCCGUGAACUCCCCCAACUACAAGUUAUGGCACCUCGAUCCGGACACCGAGUACGAGAUCAGAGUGCUGCUGACGAGGCCCGGAGAGGGAGGGACGGGCAAACCCGGACCGCCGCUCAUUACCCGGACUAAAUGUGCAGAGCCCAUGCGGACUCCCAAGAGGCUGAAGAUCGCAGAGACCAGGUCCCGUUUGAUCGCGGUGGACUGGGAGUCGCUGGGCUACAACAUCACUCGCUGUCACACUUUCAACGUCACCAUCUGUUACCAUUACAUGACUGCCAACAACCGCAGCAAAGCCGACUGCUUGGACAUGGAUCCUAAAGCACCUCGCCACCUCGUGGGGAAUUUGCCGCCCUACACCAACGUCAGCCUCAAGAUGAUUCUGACCAACCCAGAGGGGCGAAAGGAGAGCGACGAGACCAUCAUACAAACUGACGAAGAUGUGCCAGGUCCAGUUCCCAGUCAGUCUCUCAAAGCCACUCCGUCUGAAGAGACAAUAAGUCUUUCCUGGAAGGAACCAGCUGAGCCCAACGGAGUCAUCAUCCAAUACGAGAUCAGCUACAGCGGCGUGCGUUCGUUUGACCCCUCGGUGCCCCUGCAGCGGCCGGGACUCCCCGUGUCUCUGCCUUCAAAUGCGACCCACCACGUGUUUUCCCAGCUCCACCCAGGCGUCACGUACCAGCUGUCUAUACGAGCCUCCACCUCCAAAGGGUUCGGACCUGGAACCACACUCAACGUGACCACUAACAUUUCAGCCCCGACAAUAGAUGAGUAUGAUGGAUCAGAAGCUUUUCUGAAUGAAACCGCAACCACCAUCACCGUCCUGCUGAAACCUGCACAGGCCAAAGGAGCUCCGAUAAGUGCGUACCAGAUUGUGGUGGAGGAAGUGAAUCCUCAGCGGACUCGCCGUCAAGCUUCCUCUGACUGUUACGAGGUCCCAGUUUCCUACCACAGUGCAUCCAGCGGUGGAUCCCCGUAUUAUUACGCUGCCCAGCUGUCACCCAGCAACCUGCCCGAGCCGCUCCCCUUCACUGUGGGAGACAACAAGACAUAUCAGGGCUUCUGGAAUCCUCCGCUGGCCCCAAGGAAGAACUACAACAUCUACCUUCAAGCUGUUAGCAGCACGGAGAGGGAAACUAAGACGCAGUGUCUGAGGCUGGCUGCUAAACGAGCUACGGAGGAGCCAGAAGUGGUCCCGGACCCGGCCAAGCAGACCGACCGGGUGGUGAAAAUCGCCGGGAUCAGUGCGGGCGUCCUCGUGUUCAUACUGCUGGUGCUGGUCGCCAUCCUGCUGGUCAAGAAGAGGAGGACCUACUAUUCAUACUCUUAUUACCUGAAGCUGGCUAAAAAACGUAAAGACGCUAUCGGGACGACCCGGCAGGAAAUGACGCACAUGGUGAAUGCUAUGGACCGCAGCUAUGCCGACCAGAGCACCCUGCACGGGGAGGACCCCAUGGCCGUCACCUUCAUGGACUCCCACAACUACAACAACAGAUUGCCCAACGACCCUCUGGUUCCCACUGCUGUGUUAGUUCCAAUCACAGACGAGAACCACAGUGCCUCAGCAGCAGAGAACAGCAGGCUGCUGGACGUUCCUCGGUAUCACUGCGAGGGAACCGAAUCCCCUUACCAGACAGGACAGCUCCACCCCGCCAUCAGAGUGGCCGAUCUGCUGCAGCACAUCAACCUGAUGAAAACCUCCGACAGCUACGGCUUCAAGGAGGAAUACGAAUUGGUUUUACAGAGCUUCUUCGAGGGCCAGUCGGCCUCCUGGGACGUGGCCAAGAAAGAGCAGAACCGCACCAAAAACCGCUACGGAAACAUUAUAGCAUAUGACCAUUCAAGGGUUAUUCUGCAGCCAAUAGAAGACGACCCGUCCUCCGAUUACAUCAACGCCAACUACAUCGAUGUAAGUGGAAACGCAUCGAAUGCUACUAUUGGCUCCCAACGAAACCAACGAAACCACACUCCCUCGCUCAUUUGGCUGUACAGGGAUGGAUACCAGAGGCCGAGCCACUACAUCGCCACUCAGGGACCCGUUCAUGAGACAGUGUACGACUUCUGGAGGAUGGUGUGGCAGGAACAGUCGGCCUGCAUCGUGAUGGUGACCAAUCUGGUGGAAGUUGGAAGGGUGAAGUGCUACAAGUACUGGCCAGAUGACGCUGAAGUGUACGGAGACUUCAAGGUGACGUUUGUGGAGGUGGAGCCUCUCGCUGAGUAUGUGGUUCGCACCUUUACACUGGAGAGGCGCGGCUUCAACGAGGUGCGGGAGGUCAAGCAGUUCCACUUCACAGGCUGGCCUGACCACGGAGUCCCGUAUCACGCCACGGGACUCCUGUCCUUCAUCCGCAGAGUUAAAAUUUCCAACCCGCCCUCAGCUGGGCCCAUCGUGGUGCACUGCAGCGCUGGGGCAGGACGCACAGGCUGCUUCAUCGUCAUCGACAUCAUGCUGGACAUGGCGGAGAGAGAGGGAGUGGUGGACAUCUACAACUGUGUGAAGGCUCUCCGCUCCCGGAGGAUCAACAUGGUACAGACUGAGGAGCAGUACAUAUUCAUCCAUGACGCCAUAUUAGAGGCUUGUCUAUGUGGAGAAACAGCCAUUCCAGUCUGCGAGUUCAAAGCAGCGUUUUAUGACCUGAUCCGCAUCGACUCCCAGACCAACUCGUCCCACCUGAAGGAUGAAUUCCAGACGUUAAACUCAGUGACUCCACAGCCUCAGCCGGAAGACUGCAGCAUCGCAUUGUUGCCUAGAAACCAAGAUAAGAACCGCUUCAUGGACGGCCUUCCUCCUGACAGAUGCCUCCCCUUCCUCAUCACAAUAGAUGGAGAAAGCAGCAACUACAUCAACGCCGCUCUGAUGGAUCUGUCAGAAGAGUUCCAGAGCUACAGGCAGCCUGCUGCUUUCAUUGUUACCCAGCAUCCUCUGCCCAACACUGUCAAAGACUUCUGGCGUCUGGUUUACGACUAUGGAUGUACCAGCCUGGUGAUGCUGAACGAGAUUGAUCUGGCUCAGGGUUGUCCUCAGUAUUGGCCAGAAGAGGGCAUGCUGCGCUACGGACCGGUGCAGGUGGAAUGUAUGUCGUGUUCGAUGGACUGUGACAUUAUCAGCAGACUCUUCAGAGUCUGCAACCUCACUCGGCCUCAGGAAGGCUACCUGAUGGUGCGUCAGUUCCAGUACCUGGGCUGGGCGGGGCACAGAGAAGUUCCUGCCUCCAAACGCUCCUUCCUCAAACUGAUCCUUCAGGUGGACCAAUGGCAGCGCGAGGGAGAGGAGGGGGAGGGAAGAACCAUCGUGCACUGCCUGAACGGAGGCGGGCGCAGUGGAGUUUUCUGUGCCAGCAGCAUCGUGUGUGAGAUGGCCAAGAGGCAGAGUGUGGUGGACGUUUUCCACGCCGUCAAGACCUUGAGGAACAGCAAGCCCAACAUGGUGGACACUCCAGAGCAGUACCGCUUCUGCUACGACCUGGCGUUGGAGUUCAUAGAGUCCUCCUAAAGCGAAGGAGAUCCGAGGAGGAGGAGGAGUAGGAGAAGAAGAGCUGGACAACAUCUGUUCACCUGAGACUGAUCCUGUGCUUCGCUGGGCUCUGACUCCCCCCUGUGGCGGUGUCGUGCCGUAGCAUCCAUGUUGUGGUCAAGCAAAAGCGGCUCCUUGUACAGCGUUGUUGAACAAAGGGAAGUGAGGAGAAGGAGAGAGAUCCGCCUCCUGUUGCUCCUUUCAUGUUUAUUGUACAGCUUUUGGAGUGCCAGCGGGCCUCUGUAUGUUGUGGCCCCUUCUAAACAUUUAGCCUCUCACUGCAGCAGCCCCCCCCCCUCCCUCCCUCCUCCUGCAUAUGGACAUGAAGCUUCAUGCUGUUUCGGCUGCAGUACUCGAUGUGACCUGUAGAUGUCUCCCUGCCCCCUUGCAAGCUGCAACCACAGCUUCUGACCAGACUGCAAGUUUUCAGUGGCCCCACAGUCCUGCUUUCAUGUUACUGGCAGAGUAACUUCCCAGUGUCGGGCAGCUCGUUGUGGUGAUGUUCGAGUGUUUUGCAGCCUGUACGUCUGUACAAAAAAAAAAAAAAAAAAUCCGAAAGGUCAAAAGUCACACGCCGGCCAAACUCUGCUUCUGUUUCUGCUCCAUUUCAACCAACACCUGGUAACGUCACAUCGGUCGCACUGCUGAUUGUCAGGAGGAAGCAGUCUCACAGAGAAGACCAACAGAACAACGAGGAGUUUACAUCGGGGGUUUUCGGCGUUCACAUUUUUUUUAUGUUAUCAUGAAGUGAAACAAGCUAUGUAGGAUUUUCACUUAAAAUCCAUAUAUUGAAAAAUAGUGUUGUUUUUGUUUUUCUGUUUUAUGAUUUUAUUUUUCAUUCUUUUGCUUUUAUAGUGUCGUUAUCUGAUCUACUGGAUAGAAGUUGUUCAUGUCCUCUCUGUGCCCAAAAUUGUAAAGCUGAGACGUGGUUUGCUUUGAGUGACAUUCGUCCAAUCAUGUUUGUUUCAGGGCUGGGCCCGACGCACUUUCAAUACAGCCGGUUCACUAAUGGAAAGUCUCUCACAGGGCAGACCCAUCCUGAGGUUUAGAGAAUGAGAGAAUCAGCUCGUUUACUCUUAAAAAAAAUAAAAUAAUAAAAAGACUGAGAUUUCACAUUGUUUGGUUUAAAAGAACAAAAAAAUAAAAGGCAGUUUUCAUUUCUGCUCGAAUGGAGUUGAACUGACCCCAGGCUGCAUUUGCUUUGUGCACUGGUGGCCAAUACUUUCCUUUUAGUUUUUAAGAUUAUUUUGUAGCUGAUGUUUAUUCAUAAGCCAAAGACUUUGUGUAAAUAUGUCUAUAUGGAUAAAGCACAUGGUUUGUAUUUAUUGUUUACUUGCAUCGCUUGUAAGAACAAUCUUUUUUGUUUAGUUUUUUUAAUUUUUUUUUUUUUUUUCAUUCCAUGUUUACCACCAGCGUUUCCUAAACUGUGGAGUGGGACGCAAAAAGAGCCGCAAGUCUGUUUCCUCUGGAGUCUUGAGAGUAUUAGAUUGAAUUAACAAGCCUGUAACGGAUCCUCAGGCGGGAGACUAUCGGCUCAGUUUGGAUCCACGAAGAAAAGUUUAAGAAGCCCUGAUUAAAGCUGUAUAUUGAAGCAUUAGAAGUAGUUUUUUUUUUUUUUUUUUUUUUUUUUUUUUCCAGUAUUUAGGUGGAAUUCAGUAGUAUCGUCUUUGUUUUUACUUACGUGAUGUUCCCGUGGUUUUUGCUGGUGUAAAAAGCCUCAUCGCUGUUGUUUGCGGUCAGUAGAAGACGAGUGCGUCUGCCUGCAGCCGGUAUUCUGGAUGAUAGCUGGUCUCCCUCUUACGGUCUUAGUGAGGGAUGAGCUGUUUAUCUGCAUCCACAUAUCCUGUUCACCAUUAUCUCUGAACACACACAGCGAUGCAAACAGGCUUAGUGAGUGAAACACGCAGGACUGUGACACACACACACACACACACACAUAUAAAAAAAAACAAAAAAACAUUGAUUGUGCCUAAUCAUUUGAAAUUACUUGUUGAUACAAGCAUUUUAUCAGCACCAUGGAUAGCGACCGGGGCUUGGUCCAGUGCGUUCUCGCAGACGAUCAAGAUUCGAAAUAUCUUUUUUGGACCAUGAUUCAUUGUGUUUUCUUCAUCAGAAUGCUUCUUUGUGAGGCUUUACAAGCUUACCGAGUAUCAGAUGUGUUUCUGUUUGUGCCGAUUCAAAAAAUACUAAAAAAAAAAAAGAGAGAGAAGAAAAAUAAAAAAAAAACACUUUUAUUGUACAUAAAAUGUCAGAUGUUCCUCUUGGCUGGAGCGAGAGCAGCCCUGCUUAAGGAUGUUAUUGUAAAUAGACUAUCAUGAGUAACUCUAAAGCGCUCCGCUGCGGAGGUUUAGAUGAUGGAUGCAAUGUCAGGACGUUCGUUCUGCUGUAGAUAUAAAAAAAAAAAAAAGUCACAGAUUGUACUCCUGCAGAAUU